GCCCAUACCAUCCCUUCCUUGUCCCAAACCAAAACCCCGGCCUCAUAAAUCGUGCACAUCCAGGCACGAUGCACUCCACGUCCAGAGCGCGCCUCCGCCAUGGCUUCGACCCUGUCAUGCUUUCUUCCUCCUCCUCCUGCCGCGUCGCCGACCCGCCUGCGCCGAAGCGGCGCGAGCGCCGGCAGGCCGGGGCGUCAAUGCAGGGCAUGGAGCAACGGCGCCGGGACGAGGAUGAGGAGGGGCGGCGGCAGGCUGCGCGUGGAGGCUCUGUUCGGCGAUGGAGGAGGAGAGGGAGAAGACACGUUCCGGGCGGUGAUGAGGAUCGUGAGGCUCAACUCCGCCAUCCAGAACCGGAGCGUCCGGGAGCUGCUGGAGCUGGUCGCCGACGAGUGCCGGUAUUUCUGCCGCAACAUCCCGGCCGUCAGCGUUUCGGAGAUGAGCAAGAGCGUGUUCCUGUUUCUACAUGAGAUGAUGCUCCGGCACCAGGUCUCGUUCGUGCUCAAGCCCGCGGAGAACGGAGCCUUCGACCUGGGUGUCAAGUGGUCGCUAGAAUGGAAGGGCCAGAAGCUGCCUUGGGACGUAGACUGCACUGUAUCCACGACCCACGUCUACACAGGCCUACUGCUCAUCAGUCAAGUGAACAAGGCAUGUGGGCCGCUCCUGCAGAGGAUUCUACAGAUGAUUUACCAGAAUCUGGAUGCGGUAGUUCUGAUCGUGGCAAACAAGUUCCUACCAGACGGCACGCUGGAUGAGAAGGAGAGAAGCAACAUAAUUGUGUGCGCCAUCAUUGGCCUGGUGGUCAUGGUUCUGUUCUACGCCAUGUUUAACAACUUGUAGGUCCAUCGGGGGCAGCAAGGCCACACCGAUGUUUCACAGAAUUCUGAUGCACAGAUACCAG